AUGGCGAUGGAACAACAGGAGAAUGCCGAUCCAAAUAUCGCCGAAAAUAGUCGAUUAUACAGAAACACACAUCAGCCACAAUCACAAGAAAUCCGCAGGCACUUUAAGUGUUCUAAAAGGAGAUCAUACAGCGAUCCCAUGAAUAAGACUAUGGCGAAGAGAAGACGUGAUACGGUCCAAGCGACAAACUUGAAACCCAAAGAUUGGAACCGACGCUCUGUGAAGCACAGACAAAAGUUUGAACAGCUUUUAAAACUGUGGGAAAGUGAACCUCAAUUUAUAACAAUGAUAAAUGAUAAUGGCAUAUGUUUCAAGGAAGAGUUCGCAAUAGGCAGGGGCAGUGACGGCACAGAG